AUGUCGACCAGUACAGGAGAUAAACCGCCAGAAGAUACAACCUCCAAUGGAGGAGGUGUUUUCUCUUCUCGAGUGUCUCAGCGCAAAGCCUCUGUGCAAGGGAACAAAGCUACAACCGCCAAGAUCAUGGACAUUGAGCUAGCAUCUAACUCAGAUGAGCCUGAAGUGGAUGAGAGAGACUUCCAUAGCAAACAGGUGUUCAAAGGAUGGACGCUGGCACUGCUCGCUUAUCAGUCACUCGGCGUCAUCUACGGCGACAUCGGCACAAGUCCUUUGUACGUCUAUUCGUCUACUUUCACUAGCGAACCAAGCCACGAAGAUAUCCUUGGCGCUGUCUCGUUCGUUAUCUGGGCUCUCACUAUUAUGGUUACCAUCAAAUAUGUCGGCAUUGUUCUCUGUGCAGAUGAUGAGGGAGAGGGAGGCACAUUUGCACUAUACUCGCUCUUGUCACGAUAUGCCAAACUCGUGCGACACGACCCUCAACACAAUGGGGUUCUGACUCCAGCGCAGUCAAUUCUUGGUGCAAUCCAAGGAAUUACGGUGGUGAAUCCAAAUAUCUCUUCCUCGACCGUCGUCGGCGUCUCAUGCGCCAUUCUUGUCGUGGUUUUUCUCAUCCAGCCCUUUGGAACCAGCAAGAUUGCGAACAGCUUUGCUCCAAUAGUUAUAAUUUGGAUGAUAUUCAACCUCGUCUUUGGAAUUUAUAACUUGGUUAUGUAUGAUUCGUCCAUACUCAAAGCCUUUUCGCCCUACUUUGCGGGUUCGUUUUUGAUGCGUAACGGAAAAGAUGGUUGGCUGCAACUGGGAGGAAUUCUACUUGCCUUCACUGGCGUGGAAACGCUUUUUGCGGACCUAGGAGCGUUUAGCCAGAGGGCAAUUCAAAUGUCGUGGCUCUUUUUCGUGUACCCAUGUCUUCUGCUCUCGUAUAUCGGCCAAGGCGCCUAUAUCAGCCGUAUUCCCAGUGCCUAUGCCAAUCCUUUCUAUCUCACUGUUCCGCCUGGCAUGUUGUACCCAAGUCUCGUGAUCGCAAUCCUAGCGUGUAUCGUGGCAAGCCAGGCUGUGAUCACCGGAUCGUUUCAGUUGUUAUCCCAAGUUAUGAAAUUGUCAUACUUCCCUCAAGUGAAGGUCUAUCACACCUCAAAGACGGUCCACGGGCAGGUUUACAUUCCUCUCGCAAACUGGCUCAUGAUGAUCGGGUCGACCACGUCCCUCGGCGAAGCUUAUGGAGCAUGUGUGAUCCUUGUUUCUUUCCUCACUACCUGUAUGGUCACAGUUGUUGCACUAAUUGUGUGGAGACUGCCCAUCUACCUAGUCCUUCCCGUUUUCCUUGUGUUUGCGCUCUGGGACGGAAUGUUCCUCUCUGCAGCACUGAGCAAGGUUCCACAUGGUGCGUGGUUCACGCUGAUGUUGGCCGUUAUCCUGACCUGCAUGUUCAUGCUUUGGCGAUAUGGCAAAGAAGAACAAUGGACAGCCGAGGAAUCCGACUGUAUGCCUCUCUCUCAAACAACCGCUUUGAGAGAUAACAAGCUCGUCUUGCAGAAAGGAUCAACAACUUCUCCCAUUACCCCAAUCAGUGGGCUGGGAAUUUUCUUCGACAAAUCGGGCAGUUCGGCCAGCACGCCCACGGUCUUCCUUCACUUUGUGCAGAAGUUCAGCGCUUCACCCGAGGUUUCUGUGUUCCUUCAUCUGCGGCCCCUUUCCGUGCCCACGGUUCCUCCCCAUGAACGAUACUCUAUCACCCGUUGCUCCACAUAUGGCGAGGGACCAGGCAAACGCGCAAUUCCGAACUGCUACAGGCUCAUCGUCCGACACGGCUACACGGAUGAAAUCAUCACGCCAGAUCUUGGGGUCUUGGUUCUGGAUUUGAUUCGUGGCUUUUUGGAAACCCACGGUACUUCCAAGGUUCCAGAUAGUGACACCGAAGAAUUGGAUGCGCUGCAUCGUGCUUGGAGGUCUCAGGUUAUCUACAUUGUUGGCAAAGAACAGUUGAAGAUUGCCGCCAAGACAAACAUCGUUCGCCAACUUUUCCUCUGGGUAUUUUUGUGGAUGCGAGAUUCCAGCCGGACAAAAAUUCAGCACUUGAAUGUCGAGACUGACAGGGUGGUUGAGGUUGGAUUUGUGAAGGAGAUAUAG